AUGGCUGAGCGCAAGGACCCACCGGUGCGAGGCACGUCGUGCGUGCUGCGGCCCGAGCCGCCGGAGCCACCGGAGCUACCGGUCUUCGCACGACAGUCCUUCACGUCGCCCGAGACUCCCCGGGUCACAAAGCUGCAGGCCGACUUUCACAAGGUGGAGAAGGUUGUAGAAGCCAAGUUGGGUAGCUCGAAGGAGAAGGUUGCCUACAUGCUUGAGACAGAUAUGUUUAUCAAUGUCAUGACCGUCAUCAUUGUGAUCGAUUGCGUUUGUGCUUUGGUCGCGACUGACUCUCGCGCGAUGGAGACCGACCCACCCUUCUACACGGAGCUUUUAUCACAUCUAUGCCUGGUGAUCUACUCAGCUGAGUUGCUUGCGAUUCUUGGACUGAAGGGAGUUGCAGCCCUGAAGCGCAAGUCCAUCCUCUUUGACGCCUUCUGUGUGCUUUGCAGCUUCUUGCUGGCACCCCACCUGGGGACAUGCUGCCCCGUUGUUUUUUACAGUCUCCAGUCUCCAGUGGCCAGACACUUUGCGCCAUCUCCAGUGGUCAGGGUCUGGGUGGGUACACCUAUAUUUUCACUCACCUGCUACAUGGUGUUUUGUUUCCAGAUCUUUGAGUCUUUCGGAGGAUCGAGCUGGGGUUUUGUGAGGGAGCUACGGCUGGUGCGCGUGAUUCGGGUGAUGCGCGUGGCACGGAUUUUGCAACGGACGCGGUCCUUGAAGGAGUUACGGAAGUUGGUCUCUAUGAUGGCCACCUGCAUGAAGACUCUAGGUUGGUCGUUUAUAUUUUGCUUUGCCUUCAUGACCUUCUGGGCGAUGUUGAUGGUGGAAUUCGUCCAUCCUUUGGUGGUCCAGAUGCAGCAGGAGGCGGUACUUGACUGUCCAGAAUGCAUCAGGUCAACUUCUUCAAUCAUGGCAGCAAACCUGUUGCUGUUCAAGACAGUGAUUGCUGGCGACAGCUGGGGACACAUUGCCGUACCAGUGAUCGAGCACAGCCCGGCGACGGCCAUCAUCUUCUGCGGGUCGCUCAUGACGACGGUUUUCGGGGUCUUGAACCUGCUGAUUGCAGUAGUUGUUGACUCUUUUGCUGAAAGUCGCCAAAACGAUGUGCUGAAUCUGGCACAGGAGCUAGAGCAUGAGCACGAGAAGGAUAGGAAGUACAUGGAACGGAUCUUCAACCGCCUCGAUAUGACUCACUCGGGCGAUCUCACCUUGGAGGAUUUGGUGAAGGGUGCGCAGACCGACCCAGAGUUUCAGAGUAGACUGCGGGUGAUGGACAUCGACGAAGCGGAUUUGGAGCAACUAUUCAAGGGGACGACCAGAGGUGAGCGCUGGAAGGGUGCCGUGCAAUGUCCUGCAAAUCCCCUCAACCACCCUUCAUUCGUUGCAGGCUGCGCCCGAGUUUUGCGCGUUCGGGGCCCAUGUUGA